AUGAGAGGGAGCAACCUAGUGCAGCCAACGACGAUAUUUUUCAUCGGAUGCCUUGUCGUGUGUGUCCAGUGUGGUCUCGAUGCUAAUGAAAUGGUAGUCAAACAAGAUGGCCGUGUGGCGAAUACAAGUACUGACGCUGCCGUUGUCAACUCAACGUCUGUAGGCGACAGCAAGAUAACUGUCAAAUUUUGCAUUCAAAAUUUGGGAUGCCAUCUUUCAGAUGGGUACCGUGGUACAUGCUACUGCUGCCAGAAAGCUGAGGUCGAGUGUUUCAGGACGCGGAGUGAGUGUCAAGACAUCUGCCCUACGUGCAACCCAAAAUGCCAACCUCCGUCGGGGUCUCUUGGAUGGAAUUUCAGGCUCAAACAGAUUGUCCAUCGGUAA